AUGAAUCUCAAGGCGACGGAGCUCUGUCUCGGACUCCCCGGCGGCGCUGAAGCCGUUGAAAGUCCGGCCAAAUCGGCCGUGGGUAACAAGAGAGGCUUCUCUGAGACCGUUGAUCUCAUGCUCAAUCUUCAGUCUAACAAAGAAGGAAACGUUGAUCUCAACAACGUCGCCACAGCUUCCAAAGAGAAGAAUCUUCUUAAAGACCCUACUAAGCCUCCUGCUAAAGCCCAAGUAGUGGGAUGGCCACCUGUGAGGAACUACAGGAAGAACAUGAUGACUCAGCAAAAGACCAGCGGCACGGAGGAGGCCAGCAGCGAGAAGGCUGGGAGUGGUGGUGGAGGAGCCGCCGGAGCUGCCUUGGUGAAGGUCUCCAUGGACGGAGCUCCCUACCUAAGGAAGGUUGACCUCAAGAUGUACAAAAGCUACAAGGAUCUCUCUGAUGCUUUGGCAAAAAUGUUCAGCUCCUUCACUAUGGGAAACUAUGGAGCACAAGGAAUGAUAGAUUUCAUGAACGAGAGUAAGCUCAUGGAUCUGCUGAACAGUUCUGAAUAUGUUCCAAGCUACGAGGACAAAGAUGGAGAUUGGAUGCUCGUCGGCGAUGUCCCAUGGGAAAUGUUUGUCGAGUCAUGCAAGCGUUUGCGCAUUAUGAAGGGGUCUGAAGCAAUUGGACUUGCUCCGAGAGCAGUGGAGAAGUACUGCAAGAACAGAACUUGA